AUGAUGUAGUUCAUACAAUGUGGAACCACUGAUAUUUCAUGACCAGAAAUCCAGCUAAAUGAGAACCCAGAUUGAAGCUGUUCUUCGACAACAGAGAGAAUCUUCUGGGAUAUUCAGGCUUUCAGGGAUGCUAACCAAGGGUCUUCCACACAACCUUUUGUAAAUAAAGAACUUCAUUAUAGCCUCCUGCAGAGUAAAGCUGCCAGAACAUCCCCUCACCUCAGAGUCACGUCAAGAAUAGGCCUACUGCCGGAACAAGACUAGGCCUACUGCCGGAACAAGACUAGGCCUACUGCCGGAACAAGACUAGGCCUACUGCCGGAACAAGACUAGGCCUACUGCGGGAACAAGACAAGGCCUACUGCCGGAACAAGACUAGGCCUACUGCGGGAACAAGACAAGGCCUACUGCGGGAACAAGACUAGGCCUACUGCGGGAACAAGACAAGGCCUACUGCCGGAACAAGACUAGGCCUACUGCGGGAACAAGACAAGGCCUACUGCCAGAACAAGACUAGGCCUACUGCCGGAACAAGACUAGGCCUACUGCGGGGAAAAAACAAUUUUUCAAACCUUUUCUGGGGGAAUGUUUUUUCAAUCUUCAAAACCUAAUUUUGAAACUUUUUACAAAAUCUUUCAAAACCAGGGACUUUCUACCCCUGACUCCUAACUUCUUCGUCUUGGGUCUAAGACAGACAGAUACACACUUAACAUUCACCACAACAAAUGAACAUGGUUUGUGUUGCUUGUGUCUUUGUCAGAAGCAGUGUAUAUUAAAAAAAGGAGACACCAUAGGAACAGUAAAAAUUGCAGAUGUUGAUUUUAGUUUCUUAUUGCAGUGAAAACCUAGAUCAUAAUCUGGAAAGUUUUGGGGGGGAAAAAUGUCUCUCUCUAUAUAUAUAUAUUUAUAUUAAAAUCAUUUCCAAGUGUGCUGCACAGUGUGACCACUAGGGAUUGUCUAAUCUAGUUUGGUCUUGCGAAAAAACGAACACAGUCAGGUUGGACUCGGCUCUCGCUCGUUAAACCUCGUCGCAACUCGCACCAUUUGUCGUUUAUAUUUGAGUCUGAUAGCUAGCUUGUAGCCAGCUAGCUAUCCAGCUAAUGCUGAGGGGCACUUCUCAAGAGUGGGAGGCUAAACCUGGCAGACGAAACCUGAGUGAAAAUGUCGGACGUUGAGGGAGAUAGUAAUCGUUCGUCCGCCCCGACGUGUCCGAGCACUUCUCUUAACGGCCCUAGUGUCAGCUCAGCACCGGGCAGUGGCGGUUCCGAGGCAGCAACCACCGUUACUUCGGGCCCACGACUGGUUCGGAUCAUCAAGUCUGACUCUGGCUAUGGUUUCAAUGUACGGGGACAAGUGAGCGAAGGUGGGCAACUACGGAGCAUAAACGGGGAAUUGUAUGCCCCGUUACAGCACGUCAGUGCUGUUUUGCCAGGAGGUGCAGCGGACAGCGCUGGUAUCUCGAAAGGAGACCGUAUUCUUGAAGUGAACGGGAUGAACGUGGAGGGGGCCACCCACAAGCAGGUAGUGGAGCUGAUCCGGGCGGGGGAGAGGCAGCUGGUCCUGGCCGUGCUGUCCGUGGCUCCCCAGGAGGCAGACUGCAUGGACCCUGGGGACGACGGCUCGGCCCUGUCCUGCUACGACUACUCCGAUAAGCAGGCCGUGCCCAUCUCUGUGCCCACCUACAAACACACCGAGCUUAACCAGGAGAAGUUUGUGGUGUGUGGGCUCAGCCUUUCUGUCCUCCUCAUCAACGCAAAACAAACCAAACUCUUAUUUGUGUCCUAGCGCACCAAGGCCAGGCCUGUUCCUUCAGGGUUCUGUUCAUGACAGGUUUUCAGUCGGCCCUGCUAACAUCGAGCUACCCUGACCUCCCAGCUGUCACUCACCCUGGUAUUGAUCAGGAGUUCAGCGUUUGCUUGUUUUGGUCUAACAUCUGUUCUAUGGAUCUGUCCACUUUUUCUUUCUCUCUUUGCUCCCUCUCUUUCGGUCUCCACCAUCCCACCUCCCUCCCUCUCUCUCU